CGAAAAAUCAUUUGACGCCAAGCCGUAACAGCGACCUUCCUUCCUCCCUUCCCUGGCGAGAGUAAAAAUAACACUAAUACCACACCACAUCAUAGCAUGUCAACUCCCCUCCCCUCUCCUUCUCUAAUCUGAUCUGCUUAUCCUUUCCAAACUCUAUCUAUCCAAUUAUUAAAUGAUUUUUAAUCCUUGAUUACUCUAAUUAUUAUUGUCAUUAUAAUCUCUUGCCAUCAUGGAUACCGAGCUCAAAUCCAUGAAUCCGGACCCGCCCAAACCCGAGCAACCCGACCCGGCAUCCCGAGACGAUGGCUCGAACUCGAAAGACGACCGUCCGCUGCUUAAAUCGGACUCGAACAGAAUCAGCUCAACAACAGGUGAGAGCAUCGAGGAGCUGGAGAAAAAAUUCGCUGCGUAUGUCCGCAAUGACGUGUACGGUCCGAUGGGACGUGGGGAGUUACCAUUGGUCGAGAAAGUUCUGUUAGGAAUCGCGGUGGUUACGCUGGUGCCGAUACGAUUUGUGCUCGCAUUGCUUAUAUUGGUGGUGUAUUAUAUAAUUUGCAGGGUGUGUACGCUGUUUUCGGCGCCGAAUCGGGAUGAGGAGGAGGAGCAGGAGGAUUUUGCGCAUAUGGGAGGGUGGAGAAGGGCGGUUAUUGUUUGGUGUGGGAGGUUUUUGUCUAGAAUGCUCCUUUUCGUGUUAGGGUUUUAUUGGAUUAGUGUAAGCUAUAGAGAUAUUGAACUGCCUGAUCAAAAUAAAUCUUCUUCCCAGAAUGAGGGAAAAGAUCAAUCUGAAGAACCGGAAAGACUGGGGGCAAUAAUAUCGAAUCAUGUUUCAUAUUUAGAUAUCUUGUACCACAUGUCUGCUUCUUUUCCAAGCUUUGUUGCCAAGAGAUCAGUGGCUAAACUUCCUCUGGUUGGUCUCAUCAGUAAGUGCCUUGGUUGUGUAUAUGUUCAACGGGAGUCAAAGUCAUCUGACUUCAAGGGUGUUUCAGGCAUUGUGACUGAAAGAGUUAAAGAAUCUCAUGAAAAUAGCUCUGCUCCUAUGAUGAUGCUUUUUCCUGAAGGCACAACAACAAAUGGAGACUUCCUUCUACCGUUUAAGACAGGUGCAUUCUUAGCAACAGCUCCUGUGCGUCCAGUGAUCCUGAGGUAUCCGUACCAACGAUUCAGUCCUGCCUGGGAUUCAAUAUCUGGGGCGCUCCAUGUGUUCUAUCUUUUCUGUCAAUUCAUAAAUCAUAUGGAAGCAGUAUGGCUUCCUGUUUACUACCCAUCACAGGAAGAAAAGGACGAUCCAAAGCUAUAUGCUAGUAAUGUCCGACGGUUGAUGGCCCGUGAGGGUAAUUUAACAAUGUCAGAUAUUGGACUUGCCGAGAAGCGAAUAUAUCAUACUGCUCUGAAUGGUAAUAUUAGCCUGCCUAGUGUUUUGCAUCAGAAAGACGAUUGAUAAUUUCAUGGCCUCGCUUCCAACUGAUAAAUCUAUUCUGAGUUGAGCUUUUAACUUUAUGUUGGGUAUUUGCUCAUAAAUAACAGUCAAAACACGAUGGCAACACUCCACCAUUUAGGAUAAGAAAAAGAUGCUGGUAUUGAUUUGUAAACUCUUGCGCGGGAAUUGUGGCAAUUGAGCACGGUGUUAAAUGUGUUGGUGGGGUGUAUGUUUGCCAAAGAACCUAGUUUAAGAAAUUUCUGGGAUUCUGUAUCGUGUUAUGUAUGCAUUUCUCAUUGAGUUUACUGAAUGCCUUGAAACCCUUUUCGAUAUAA